UCGCCGCGGCGUCGGCGACUGUUCGCGGAUCCAGCAACACCGAAUUCAGCACUUCCGUUCAUUCCGGCGGAGGAAGUGAUAUCCACAUCCACUCCUUCCUCCCCGGCACAAAAGUUCCUGGUCAUCGACGAAAUCGUCUACGACGUCUCGACUUACAUCUCCUCGCACCCAGGGGGUGAAGCGGUUGUGCAGAGCUUCGUUGGGCAGGACUGCAGUUGGCAGUUUGCGCGGUUUCACGGGCGAGAUGUGCUUGGGGAGGGGGGGGAGGGGUGGCGGUUGAGGGUGGGGAGGACGAAGGGGGUGAAGAAUCGGUUUAAGGAACCGGUGAGGUUUGUCGGGUUGAGGCGGUUGGGGGGUGGGGGGUGG